GCGCUGAAGUGCUCUGGAGGCGGCGGCGGGGCUGCUGAGGCUCCGGAGGCGGCUGCGGCGCCAAGAUGAACGCCCCUCCUGCCUUCGAGUCGUUUUUGUUGUUCGAAGGCGAGAAGAAGAUCACCAUUAACAAGGACACCAAGGUACCCAAUGCCUGUUUGUUCACCAUCAACAAAGAAGAUCAUACACUAGGAAACAUUAUUAAAUCACAGCUGUUGAAGGACCCGCAGGUGCUGUUUGCUGGCUACAAAGUUCCUCACCCCUUGGAGCAUAAGAUCAUCAUCCGUGUACAGACCACACCAGACUACAGCCCCCAGGAGGCCUUCACCAAUGCCAUCACAGACCUCAUUAGCGAACUCUCCCUGCUGGAAGAGCGAUUCCGGGUGGCCAUCAAAGACAAGCAAGAAGGAAUUGAAUAGUGGGCUGGAAGCAGUCUUGCUUGGCCAGUUCCUACCCUGCACUGGGCCCUUCUCCAGGCACCAAGUGGAAGAGAGCAGCUUCUUUCAGCCAUGGGCCUCCUUGGAAAUAUCCCAGAGAGCCCUUCACCCCUGACACCAAUGUGUCCUGUACAUAGGUCCUGUUUAAUCUUCCUAAUAAAGUUUGGCAGGAAAAGA